GGAAUGAAAAAGACUCAAUGGUCAAUGCUUGGCGGGCCCCCUGCACGCUUCUAUCAUUCCCCAUACCCCCAAUCGCCACCCCUGACUAGUACACCUUCGAGAACAUUUCGACGGGCGGCAGAUUUUUUCCCGCUCACUUGAGGUCAAGCCAAGCCAUUUUUGCAAAUUUUUCGGAUGCGAUCUGUAUGACACUCGUGCGAUAAACAGCCACGGAUCCGACUUGGCAGAGAAAUGCCGAUCGCAAGCCCGCGUCUAUUCCCGCCACGACCUCACUCUCUGCGAUACUUGCUUGACGUGUUUUGGUCUACCGACUGCUCCGCAUUCUCGACAAUUCUUGUACGUAACAAAACCCAUCCUCUCCUCAACCUAAUCUCUCCCCUUUGCGGAGUAAAUCUCUGGGGACAAACACGGGUCUGUGAUGAUGAUGAAAAUUGGGUAAUACGUAGAGGGACGGAGAGUUUUAUUGACUAAUGCAAACAUGGCUGCAGCCAAGCAAGAGGCUCUGUUGCGAUCCACUUUAGGUAAUCGAAAGGUUUUGGCGAUCCACUGUAGGCGCGACACUGCACACGAGCUCGAGCCUCAUGACACGGAGUUUCGGCACCGUGAGAGCUUUUCAGAGAGGCGAGUAGACAAGCCGGGAGGCAGUCUGGGGUCUGGGGUAUUAGGUUUCUGGUGAGGGAAUUCGACGUGUAAGAGAAACAGGGUUUGAUGAGAAUAUGGUUCAGAUUCGUAGGUCGCCUCCGAAGAAUGGUGGGACUAUCUCGACCCACUGGUAAACUAUGUAAAGAGAUCGGCCUCAUUCUCGGUCCCUGCUUAUCUGGCUUUAUAAUAGACGUGGUUCCCUCUUCACUCUGUUCCUUUUGCCUCUCUUUAUACCAUCUUACACUAGACAUCUACACUUAUACUUGUACACCUAAACUACAUCACCACUACAUACACUUACACAUACUCACAUCACUUACACUCAUACAUACACACACGCAAUGGACCAAAUCAACACAGCCCAACCGGCUCCAACAGACUCAAAAAAGUCCCGUCAAGAAUCAGUACCAGACAUGUUUGACACACGAGCCGGCGAAGUCGCCGAGAUCAACGACAUGGAGAAGCAAAAAGCUGCCGAGGGCAACGCCCACUUCCACCGUCUCGGCUGGAAGCGAUUGACGGUUGUCUUGAUCGUCGAGGCCAUUGCCCUCGGCUGUCUGUCUCUGCCCUCCGCCUUUGCCACCCUUGGCAUGGUCGCUGGUGUUAUUCUCACCGUCGGUCUUGGUUUCGUCGCUAUCUACACAUCGCAUGUCGUUGGACAGGUCAAGCUUGCUUUUCCAGAGGUUUCUCAUUAUGCCGAUGCUGGUAGACUCAUGUUUGGCAAGUUUGGUUACGAGCUGGUUGGUGUCAUGUUUGCUCUUCAGCUCAUCUUCCUCGUUGGAUCUCACUGCCUCACUGGAACAAUCGCCUUCCUGAACCUCACCAACAAUGGAGCAUGCUCUGUCGUCUUUGGUGUCGUCUCUGCCAUCAUCCUCCUCAUCGUCGCCAUUCCUCCCUCAUUCGCAGAGGUUGCUAUCCUUGGUUACAUCGACUUUGUCUCCAUUUCCAUCGCUGUCGCCAUCACAAUCAUCGCAACUGGUGUCCAGGCUGGCGACUCCGUAGGCGGCAUGUCUUCUGUCGACUGGUCUGCUUGGCCCAAGGACAACCUCAGCUUCACCGACGCUUUCAUCGCCAUCACCAACAUUGUUUUCGCCUACUCCUUUGCUGUCUGCCAGUUCAGCUUUAUGGAUGAGAUGCAUACUCCUCGUGACUAUGUCAAGUCGAUCUGGGCUCUUGGUCUGAUUGAGAUUGGUAUCUAUACCCUUACUGGCGCUCUCAUUUAUGCCUUUGUCGGUUCAGAGGUCAAGUCGCCUGCUCUUCUGUCUGCUGGUUCCACCAUCUCCAAGAUCGCCUUUGGUGUCGCUCUUCCCGUCAUCUUCAUCUCUGGAUCUAUCAACACCACAGUCGUCGCUCGUUAUAUCCACGGACGUAUGUUCAAGAACUCCAUCAUCCGCUACAUCAACACCAAGAUGGGAUGGAUCACCUGGUUGGCCCUCGUCACUGUCAUCACUGUCGUGGCUUUCAUCAUUGCCGAGGCCAUUCCCUUCUUCAAUGAUCUCUUGUCCAUUUCUUCGUCCCUGUUCAUUUCGGGCUUCACAUUUUACUUCCCCUCUAUUAUGUGGUUCAUGCUCAUCCGAAAGGGACCUUGGCACUCAAAGGAGAACCUCCUUCUUUCCAUUGCCAAUGGACUCAUUUUCAUUAUCGGCAUGAUUGUUCUCGUUGGCGGAACAUAUGCUUCAAUUGACGACAUUAUCCUCAAGUUCCGUCACGGCGAAGUCCGAGGUGUCUUUACUUGUGAACCAAUUGCUUAAGCGAUUAUGGAUAUGGAUAUUUUAGCGAUAGUACAUUAUGAAUAGUACAAUAUUAUGACUCAGUUAUUGGACCACGGAGUUGCCGGAAUUGGAUCGUCGUGUUGAUCAAAUUUUCCUGAGCGUCACCCGUUUACGUCACUUGACCUGGACUGUAAAUGCGACGAACUGUGAUUGGCGCGCAAAUGUAAUCGUUCGAUUGGUCAAUGGCACGAUAAGAUAAGUCUCGGCGAAAGAUCCUUGAUGCCGAGUCUUGGCGUCAUCUAGACUCAGUCUCAAGCUACAAAGUGACUGAUGAUGAUGAUGAUACCUCUGUACUCAGAGCAGUCACCUGGCUUUUCAAGAAUACCAUGAAAUCUGUAAAUAGUUCGUCAUAACAACAGCCAUCCGAUGAGACGAUCAUCUGGCUGCAAGUUACAGAGGGAUCAGGACACGAUUGAAGUCAAAUAAACAAUUCAUUCAUGCAUGCU